AUGGUGUCUAACGGAAGCUCACCUUCCCAUCUUGACGAUGCUACCGCAGCUCUGAUACUGCCAGGCGAAGUGAAAAUAUUUGCCCCAACCAAUGCUGUCUUUACCCAUCCAGCUAUGAUAGCUCUUGAAGCAGGCCGUACCUGGGCCCGGCAAGUGAUAAAGAAUAAAGUUUUCGUCACCGUAAUUUAUUACUCUGGAGCUGCCACAUUGAAGCACGAGUUUGAGAAUUUGUCAGUGAAAUACCUUCGCACCAAAUUGGACAGAGGAAGACUGAAAUAUUAG